AUGGAUGACUUAGUGUGUUGUAUAGGCAAUGAUGAUAGCAUUUUCAUCGGAGGCGAUUUCAAUGGGCAUGUUGGUAAGGAUAGGAAAAACUUCGAAAGGAUCCACGGUGGUUUUGGUUUUGGAGCUCAAAGCGAAGAAGGAAAAUCUAUUUUGGAAUUUGCGUUAGGACAUGAUUUUAUCAUAACGAACACAUUUUUCAAGAAAAGAGAUUCUCACUUGAUCCUUUUUAAGAAUGGGAGGAACUUGAGCCAGAUAGAUUAUUUUCUCACAAGGUAUAGAGAACGUUCUCUAUGUGAUGCAAAUACUAUGUGGGAUGCCAUGACCAGCUGCACUAGAAAAGUGGCAAAGGAGGUACGAGGGGAAUCUACAGGUAAAGGCCCCCCAGGGAAAGAACCUGGUGGUGGAGUGGGGAAGUUCAAAAGGCUAUUAGGACCAAGAGGGAUUUCUAUAGAGAUUCACCAAAGCGUAAGGAUGUUGAAACUUUUAAAUAAGUACAAAAAAGCGAAGAAAGAAGCUAAUUCUACUUACUUAGAUGAGGUUCUGACAAAGGAUAAAGACAUUAUGGAAAGGUGGAGGAGUUACUUUGAGAUGGUUUAUAAUGAUGAUCAUGCGAUAGAGUUUGACGAUCUUAGGUCACAAGGAGAACCUAAUAUGAUGUAUACAAGAGGAAUCAGAGUCUCGGAAGUUAAAACUGCACUACGGAAAAUGAAAAAUGGGAAGGCAUGUGGGCCAUAUGAUAUUCCAAUAGAGGUUUGGAUGGCGUUAGGAGAUGUUGAAAUUGUGUGGCUCAUUAAGCUUUUUAAGGAGAUACUAAAGAAGAA